ACGAAGAUGGCGUAAGAAGGGAGUAAAAGAAAGUCUGGUUACCCGAAGGUGUCAGCACGUUGAUUCAUGUUUCGCGAGCGACAACGGCGGCGGCGACGGGUGGACGUGAUCGGUGGUGGUUUCGCGAGUGCUGUGAGCUGUGAACUGUGAGUGCAGUGUAUCACGGUGUGUACGCGGUUGAGAACGAAGGCGUGCGCGCUAGACUCGUACAAGCGUAAGAAGAAGGCUGCGGUGGUCGCGCGUUUUCGUCUCCCGUGCCGCGAGGGCUGCCCUUCGCGAGAAUCCGCGUCGCGCAUGGCACGGCUCCGUGCCUGAGACGCCUUUUUCCCGGAGACAGAGAGAGCGAGUUCGUGCGCGACCGGGGCCCAGCCUCUUCGCGUGCCUCGUCUCGUGUUACAGUUUUCGAGCACCGAGGAGACCGAGUCGCGAGCGAGCCGACAGAAUGACCAGCCAGGAGACGCGCGAUCAAGGGAUCAGCAACGUAGAGACCGAGUACCUCGAGAUCAACUCGAAAGAAGCCUGGGCAAUCCUCUAUCAGCACAUACGCAACGAAUGCAGCCAUUUUACAUACACGUGCAACGAAUCAAAGAAACCGCAGAACAAAAAUUUGAACCGUUACAGAGAUGUUGCUCCAUACGACCACAGCAGGAUCGUCCUUAAAAGAGGACCAUGCGAUUACAUCAAUGCCAACCUAAUACAAGUAGAUCGUGCUCACAGACAAUACAUCCUUACUCAAGGACCAUUGGAAAAUACUGCCGGCCACUUUUGGCUGAUGGUAUGGGAGCAAAAUUCUAAAGCUGUGUUAAUGUUAAAUAAAAUAAUCGAGAAGAAUCAAGUUAAGUGUUAUCAGUAUUGGCCUCUCGGUGAUUCGUUGGAUCAGACUAUGACGUUUUUGGAUGUCGGUAUAAAAGUAGAAUACGUCAGCAAAACGGAAUCGUCGGAUUACACGACUAGAAUAUUAAAGUUAAUUGAUUUGGAAACAAAGGAAAGUAGAGAAAUAUUGCACUUUCACUAUACUACUUGGCCAGAUUUCGGAGUGCCGCAAAGUCCGACAGCCUUUCUGCACUUUUUGGCAGACGUUAGACAGUCGGGAGCGUUAGAUCAAAAUGUUGGCCCCCCUGUUGUGCAUUGCUCUGCUGGCAUCGGAAGGUCUGGAACGUUUUGUUUAGUCGACACGUGUCUUGUUUUGAUCGAAGAAAGCGGAUUGAAUUCUGUGAAUGUUAGAGAUGUGUUGAUCGAAAUGAGAAGAUCCAGAAUGGGUUUAAUUCAAACACCGGAUCAACUACGUUUUUCGUAUGCUGCUAUUAUAGAAGGAGCAAAACAAUUGCCAUCCAACAACGUGAACAUCGACAAUGAGGUAGUAACGAAUCAUUACGACGUGGUAAAUAAUAUUAGUAAUUCUACGAUCGAAGAUGAGGACGAACCGCCUCCUUUGCCGCCUCCAAGAGGCGAAUCUCUAACGCGUAGUAUGAUGGCGGAUCUAACUUCGAACACAACUACGAAGAAUGAUGCAUUAGGUGGACCACCCGACAAGCCAUUACCCAGAGAACCGUCUGCCAACACGGAAACGUCUAGCAGUCCACCCUCUGCAAACUCUACGAUAAUUACAAACAAUUUGCACGAAAAGAGUUCCGAUAGCGUUGCAGUGCCCAACGAAACUACCAGCGACGGUGAAAACUCUUUACAAACGACCAGUCCUCCGUCCAGUCCUGAUGCGAAAAACGAAGUACGUCAUCGCAAUAAAGAAAAGAAGGAACGUCUGGCAGCACAAGUACGGGAGAUGAAACGUCGACAAAAGGAGACAGAAGAAUGGCAGAAGCUCAAGAGGUCAUUAUUUAAGCCCCUUUCAAUAGGCAUAGGCGCCGCAAUUGUUGGUGGGGGUAUUCUAGCAAUCUGUGGCUAUUUGUAUAUGCGAGGUUAGGACAGACUUGUUCCGAGUUGGUCAGUGAUACUAGAUGAUUCGCACAUUCGAGAAUAGUUACUUUCACCACGAGAUAUUUAACAGUUCCAUUCGCACGUGUCAUCGAUUACAGUCAGGAAUGAGUAAUUAAUCAGGGAGAAGCAUUCGGUAUUACGUAAUUGGAAGCAGAUCACGCGAGACGCUGUCGGUAAGAAACUUUGGUUAGCGGAAGGCGAGACCAGUUAUCAAAGGAAUGUUAGAGAGAAGUAACUUAUUCUGAGAAAGUGCAUCUGUAAAGGACAUUGUUGCAUGGCGAAGAAGCUAAAGAAAGAUCGAUAGAUCGAUCGAGAAGGAAAAACGAAGGAGAAGGGGGAGAUCUUCAAUUUGUAUUUUUAUAUUGUGAUUUACUCGAUGAGUACGUAGAAUAUUAGAAAGUAUACAUUCUUUUGAAGAUCCUUUUAUUAGGUUCCCUUGACAGUCGCAAUUUUCGAAGUGAGUAGAGUAUUUCGUAUUUCGUGUUUCCAGUUACGAUGAGAGAAUAAAAGGCGCAUUGAGUCAAAUUAUUUUUUCUUUUGUCAUUCGAAUUAUAAAUCUGGAAUAUGUUUUUCUUAAUAUAUAAAUGAAUUAUUUGCAUCGCGCGAAUUAAAAGGAAAAAGGAAGAAAGGUCUCGGAGAAGCGACGAAUCAAUGCCCUUGUUAUUCGUACAUCGUAACAACUGUAAGCUCAUAUACGAUACACAUUAUACGAAGUGGGUGCGUAACGAUUUCGGUAAGAAAACUUGAUUAUUUAUCUUCCAAUAGAGAGGCAAACGCAAGUAUUAAUCCACCACAUUUCCUUUCUACUUCUUGAACACUCGAAUAGAUUUAGCUAUUUUCAUUUGACUAACCCGUUUGCAGUCGGCAUUUCAGUUUCGAUAAUCCUUUAAUUUCGUCAAGUAAUCUUCGAAUAAAUUAGAUAUCUAUCGUUAGCAAUUAUCCAGGGUACCAAAUUCAUUCGCUUAGAGGUUAUAAGCACACCCGAUCACUUCGCUAGAAUCUAAUGAAUAUAUUCGUGAUAGGAGUAGAGAAAUGUUAACGAUUCUAACCGUAGUAUACACAGUAAAUGUUUUUAAAGUAACUCGCCCGUUGAAGUAGAGUCCAUUCUUCAGUAGAAUGUUCACGGAGAAGGGAAGUCGUAUUAGAAUUAGCGUAAGUGAUGCCUGUGACGUACCAUGGCCCGUUCUUUACGUGGGAUGCCGUUUAUUUCGAAUCAUCGUCGAUUUCAUUUAACACUUGUUCCUGGGGCUAUGAGUAAAGAGGUACUUUCGGCUUUCUCUCUUCCUCGAAGGAACGCAGGUCACCAAAAUAUUCCGUUAAAUGGCUACUUGUGCCUUCGACCGUGUGCUUGAUGUCUCGCGGAAUUUCGUAAAUGCUCAUGGACGUUUAUAUGAGCGAUUUUGUAUCGAGAGUAGUUGAAGGAAUCUUUUCUACGCAAGAACAUUCCUGGUAUACGGAGGUGGAAGGAUAGUAUCGAAUUCCACUUGAAGUAAUUAGCGUCGACCCGAUAACGUUUCGAUUAAUGAAAAUUGCACAGGGGCUCGUUGCAUGAUAUUCCAGCGCAAAGAAUCGCGCCUGUUGCGUUUCAACAUUGCGACGGAGCAAUUGACAAAGCGGGUGCCAAACGAACGAGAAAGCCAACAAGAAUUUUGUACGCCACGCAUAACUGAACAUACUUAUGUAUCGAAUACUUCUUCGAUUCGAAUCAGUUUCUGGCAUCGGAUCAGGUAUUCGGGUAUCGCGGUGUUUGAUCGCGCUGAAUUGUAUCGAGUUAUCGAAACGAAUCGUAGGAACUUCCUCGCACGCUUGAAAAUUAAAGA